GAUACAGAGUGCUUAAUGUCUCCGGUAAACUUGCUGUGUUGCAUCGUAAUUAUUUAGUUUCAGCAAUAAUGGGGCACGCGCAGAUUUGCGUUGUUGCCGCCAUCACUGCGUGUCCUGCAUAUUUAGUUUAUGUUUACAUUUACUCUUCUCAUAAGUUGUUGAAAACAAAGGUACUCAACAACGACAGACUUCCAAGUUUCGUGUAUCUUUACAUGAAAUAUUUGGCCAAAGCUCUGACUCGGAGGACAGGCUACUUGUACACAGUAACUAAUACAAAGAAGUGUGAGGUUGUUUACACUGUCCUCAACUGCAGGCUGGAGACCCUCCUGUUGAGGAGGUUCUGCAGUGCUGCUGGUUAUGGUUGGGAUUAUCCAGACAGCGAAUACAGAGACAUCCCACUAUGCUUCCCUGAGUUUCUGUGUCGCAGACUGCUGCUUAUAUUGCUAACUGAUGAAAACUUUCGGCUCAGCCCAGCAGGUCUGGUACGUGUGCAUCAGAGUAUAAAAACCCUUGAGCCAGUUGAUGAACUGAAGAAAGGUCCUUUCGUGCUGCUGGUUCGAGUCCUGGAGUACCGGCAAAUUGAUGCAGGGGUAGAGGUGGACAUCUGUCUGUCUGCCACUUCUCGCUCUGGGUGCCCAGUGUGGGAGAGUGUGCUGACGUUUCUAUCGAAAAAGAAGCUCCUCAAAGCCGUCAGAAGCCCACCCAAGGAUGAAAACGAGAGCCAACCAGAUGAGCCUGUGCCAGAAAAUAUGAAGCUGGUAGAGCUCAGAGUUCCCAGGACUACCGGCCUGCGAUGUGUUUGGUCCUUCUCUGACUACUCCCUCUGCCGGCUCCUCUCUUUACCAGUCGGGCUCUUUGGCUGCAGGUUGCAGACUGCACCAAGUCUCUGGAUGCUGUCUGUCUCCUUGGCUGAAAUAGAAAAGCACAAAGGUGUUGGAGUCAUCACAGCUCCUGUCAACGUCACAGCCCAGUUUAAAGAGCCUCUGCUGGUACCAGGAAAAGUGGCGAUCAAGUUUUGGGAGACGACCAGUCAGUCUCCUGCCCAAAGCCUCCGCUUCCGCAUGCAGCAACCUGGGAGCAACAUAUCUCACAUGACUGGAUGGAUUUCGAGAUGACUGAUUAACAUAGGCGGUUGAUAUUUGUAGUUUUGUCAAAACAAAAUAAAAUACUGAUUUUGUACCUUU